GCCAGUUUGGAAACUUUCUUUCUUUUCAAUCUUUUUUGUUCUUUACAAACAUUUGUUUUAUUAAUUACAACUAAUAAGAACAACAAACACUUAUUCAACAAUGCAAUUAUCACAAUUAGUCGUCUUCGCUGCUACAACUUUUGCUGUCGUUUCAGCUCAAUCAUCUAACUCAUCAAGCGGUGGUGGUGGUAGCUCAGGAAGCAGUGGUUCAGGUAGCAUUGGUUCCAAUGCUGCUGGUUUGAACGCUGCUGGUGCCGGUGCCAUUGGUGCUGCUGUCGCUGCUGGUGUUGCUUUAUUGAUGUAAGAUUAAUCCAAAGAACUGCACAAUAUAAGGGACCCCAAGUUACCAAUUAACAUCAAAUGAGUCAUAAACAUUAUACAAUAAUUUGAGCUGUUACUUAUUUUUUAUAAACUAUUAAUAUUAUUUGUCUGUGAAACUAAUUGGUGAUGCUGCAAUUGGACUGUCCAGUUGAGUAUUGUCUAUACAAGAUUUUUUAUCACAACUUUUGACACUGUUCGUUUUUCUAUGCUUGCUGGUGUGCUAUUUAUUUUUUUUUAAUUGAUCGUUUUUUAUA